ACCACUACACACAAAAAUAACUUGCACGUUUCGUUUGGGUAUUGCUUAUGUGCAUCUAAUUCACAGGUGUAAUAGAAGUAUUCGCGUGGACAACAGCCGAAACGAACCAUGUCAGCCGUGAGCGCCGCCAGCGGCAGCAAUGCGCCCAGUCCGCCGGAGAUCGAGGAUCCGAUUGGUCGGCCGGAGCCCAUUUUCCGGGAGAUCAACGCGGAGCAGACGGACGAGGUGGUCGAAAUUGAGUCCGCCUGCAUGAGGUGCUACCAGACGGGCAUCACCCGGCUGCUGCCCACCAAGAUACCCUUCUUCCGGGAGGUGGUCCUCAUGUCCUUUAAGUGCGACCACUGCGGCCACAUCAACAACGAGAUGCAGUCGGCCUCGGAGAUCCAGAAGUCCGGCGUUCGCAUUGAGCUGCUGGUGCAGUCACCGGCCGAUCUCAAUCGGCGCGUGGUGCGAUCGGACAACUCCAGUGUCAGCAUACCGGAGAUUGAGCUGGAGAUUCCAGUGCAAUCGCAGAAGGGCGAGGUGACCACCGUCGAGGGCAUCAUCGAGCGGACGAUAGCCGGCUUGUCGCAGGAUCAGGACAAGCGGCGCAUCGAUCAUCCGGAGGCCGCCGGUGCGAUAGACGCCUACAUUGAGCGACUGCGUAAGCUGAAGGAGCUGCCCACGCCCUUCCGCCUCCUCCUCGAGGACAUCUCCGGCAACAGCUUUGUGGAGAAUCCCCUGGCCCCUGCCUCUGAUCCGCAGCUGAAGACAUCGCACUUCACGCGCAGCCAGCAGCAAAACGAGCAAUUGGGCCUGUACGAGCAGAACCAUGAGGAACAGAACUUGCUGAAGCCGAUUGCCGAGGACGAGUGGCCCCUCGAGAAUCUGCACGGCGAGGUGCUGCAGUUCCCCACCAACUGUUCCAACUGCCAGGCGCCCUGCGAAACGAACAUGAAGCUGACGAACAUCCCGCACUUCAAGGAGGUGGUGAUCAUGGCUACCGUCUGCGGUUCCUGUGGCCACAAGACCAACGAGGUGAAGUCCGGCGGCGGCGUGGAGCCGCAGGGUGUUCGCUUCCGGGUGCAGAUCGCCAGCAAGGAGGACCUGACGCGCGAUGUGCUCAAGUCGGAGACAUGCAGCCUGUCCAUCCCGGAGCUGGACCUGGAGGUGGGACCGCAUGCGCUGUGCGGACGCUUCACCACCGUUGAGGGUCUGCUGGUGGCCAUGCGGGACCAGUUGGACGGCACCCUCUUCCACGACUCGGCGGACGAGGCGACCAAGCAACAGAUGCAGCGAUUCCUCGACACCUUUGACGCCGUAAUGAACCUGAAGCGGGUCAUUACGCUGGUGCUGGAGGAUCCGGCCGGCAAUACCUACGUGCAAUCGCUGAGCGACGACGACGCGGAGCCGGAUGAGAAACUCUCCGUGGAGCGGUUCGAUCGCUCCUUCGACGACAACGAGCAGCUGGGCCUGAACGACAUGAAGACGGAGGGCUACGAGCAGGAUGCGUGAUGACUGUGCUGGGGAUCCAACUCUGCAUUUAUCUUCCGCUUAACAUAUUAAAUUCCAAAUUAAAUCCGUUUAUUCUUAUUUUUGAUCAUUGUAUACACUUUAUGCAAGUUUUUCAUAGGCAAUAAAAUAAAAAAAAAUCGAAGUCAAA